AUUGAACAAAACCCCAGUAAACCCCAAAGAGAAGUUGAAGAAGAUGGCGAUGGCGAUGGCGAUGGCGAUGGCGUGGAGGCAAAUACUGUUCAUCAACAAAAAUACAAUCUCUACACCUUACUCCACCCCUCCUUUCGCUAGAUUUUUCUCCAAGUCGAUUCCUUAUGAGGUGAAAGUUGGAAUACCAGAAUUUUUGAAUGGAAUAGGCAAAGGAGUUGAAACCCAUGUGGCCAAGCUUGAAUCUGAGAUUGGUGACUUCCAUAAACUCCUUGUUACUCGCACUCUUAAGCUCAAGAAGCUUGGAGUCCCUUGCAAACACAGGAAGCUGAUACUGAAAUAUACUCACAAGUAUCAACUGGGACUAUGGAGGCCUCGAGCACAGCCUGUGAAGCCAUAAAUUGGAAUGAAAUUAAUCUGAAGUCUCGAUGUAAAACAGUAAUGGAGUCUGAGUUUUGGCCUGAAACAGCCUUUAUUUUUGUUACAUGUACAGAUGUGGAGGGUUCUUUCACCAUUGACGACCAUUUCUUGGACAGCCAUACCUGGCCGGGGGAUAGGGAAACAUUAGACAUUUAUAUCCAAGUUCAAGUUAUUAACUUUUGGUUGAAAAUUCUUUAUGGAGUUUGACUUUAUUAAUGCAAAUCUUCUCUAUUGAAAGUAUCUCUUGUUUUAGAAAGAUAUUUUGCUGCAGUAAAGUACACAUUGAUUUGAAAUUUGACAAAAUACAGAAAUUAUACACCAACACCAUUAUUUUCUUUCAAA